AUGUGUACCAGCCUUUAUCGUAUAACAUAUUGCUCCAUUGGAAUUGGAAUUCAAAAUGUGUUGUUCUCCCGUAAUUAUUACUGGACAAUACGUCAAUUGGAACAAAUACGUAGUUCACAGGAGCUUAUGGCUGGGGGAACUGUUAAGCGGCUACAGGAUAGCGAGAUCGCCUAUUGCGGACAUGAAUGGCGAACUGCAAAUGCACCUCUCUUCACCUCAUUCUGUACAUUUUUUGGUUUCGUCCCUUCAAUUUUAUCAAAAAAAGAGCAAGUUUUAUAUCAGCUUAUAUUUACCGGGAAUUUGGAGGAAAGAACUGACUCGUUAAUGCGAACGUUACAACAAACUUAUUCAAGUGCCAAUAAUUUUAAUAUGAAUGUUGAAUAA